CCGCGGUACUGGUUUUCUCGGGAUUUUUUACCAGUAAACAGAGGGUGCGGGCGAUAGAAAGGCUAGUUUUAUUCGCUUGUAUUCCACUGCAUUCCUAUCUGAUUGCUUCAUCUGCAAGACUACAUAACCAUCAAGGUGGAUUUAGCCUUCGAUCUUCGCUUUUGAAGGACAAGUGAAGAUUAGAGAUGUCAGCAGAAAGUCCARCUCAUGGCAAGCUGAAACCUGGUGGGAAUGAGCCAAUCUGCACCCUUACAGCAUCUGAAUGUGACCCAGCUAUAGGAUGCCUYGUUCUCAUCCCAAAAGACAGCAAAGACCUUCGAGUAAAACUUGGAAUUGGUUCAGCUUUCUCUAGUAUUCAACAUUAUGCUUUUGUUGCUGCAACCCCAGCCUUCAAGGAAUCAAACAGUGRCAUUAAUGUUGUCAUUGCUCGUGGAUACACCAAUACUGGAGACAAAAAAUUCACCAUCAAACCCAGCCACAAAAAAGUUGUAGCUCCAGAGUUAGGCUCAACUAGAGAUGCAACCUGGCUGCUAGUGUCCUGUCAAGAAGGUUUGAAGGGAUCUCGUAUGCGCAAGUUCCUAAAGGGGAUUCAUAUCUUUGAUGACGAAGAUCCUUCUGUGAUUUGCAAGAAUAAUUCCGAAUUAAUUGCAGUUGGAACAAGUGAAGGCAAGCUUGUAUACCAGCCAUUUAAAAUAGUAACAACAGAUGAAGAUACUUUUGUUGUUGGUCGUGAUGUCUUCAGAGAUCUUAAGCCAUCUGGUCCCAUUUUGGAUAAAGAAAACAAAAAUGUUCUUGGAUACUAYUGGAGCAGAGAAAAUAAAAUGGUUGUGUCCUGGAUAGCAAGAGGACAAGUUGUGGUUGAGAUUGCAGAUCAAAUCAUCUACAUUGAUGGUCCUACCAGUGAGAAAAAUGGAGCUGUGGUUUCUGUCGUAAAUGCUCAACAGCUGGAAAGUGAGCCUCAACAGAAAGUUGUCCACAAACAAAGAGUUAGCAUCCAAGAAAUUGAAAUGGACAUUUACAGAGGUGAAAAACCAAAGGAUAGUGACCCUGAAGUGCAAAUUCAAGUUUCACCAGAUGAUGACUUGGAAAAGCUGUGGGAAAAAGAUAGYGAAUUCCGUAACCAAAUAUGUGUGAGUCUUGAUCGUGUGUACAAGAUAAAAGGAAGUGUUAAAUUCUGGCUUAACCUCAGUGAGGAGUUCAAAGUUCCMAGAGCAGAACAUGAGAACUUUUCAAAGGGAGAAACAUUCAGUCCAUCAGAGAGAAUGUUUAGAUACAUUGAAGCAGCAAAACCUCGUCUGACAAUUGAACAGCUCCAGAAUGCUUUCUUGGCAUGCCAUCAUGAGGAUAUGAAUAGAAUACUACAGGAAUACAUUAAUGCUGGAUACAUGAAAAAAGUCAAGUUUGUUGCAGAGAUGGGGUCCUUCACUCCAAGCAUUCUUGGUCAAUUGAUGGUUAAAAUGGAUCRGGACAAGUAUUGGAAAGAUUUGGCAACACAACUGGAAAUCCCGAAACGAGUAUUUGAACAGUUUGGCGAAGAGCUGGAGAACAAUCCUACUCGUCAGCUGUUGCAUCUCGCUCACACGAGAAAUACCAAGAUCACAGUAGAAGACCUUAAAGCCAAGCUGAAGACCUUAGAGAGAGRUGAUGUGCUGAAAGAUUUUGAAGAAGUGCCUGAUAAGAUUGGAAUAGAUGCUCUUCUAAAUCACUUYGAUGUCACUGAGCACAUCGAAGCCAAGCUUAACAGGGAAGACUCCUUCCUUCAGAACUGGAGGGAACUUGCACAGCUGUACAAACAAGAUGGUCUCAUCGAGGAAGAGGACAUUCCAAGCCUGGAACCCAAGAAAGACCCUCGCAGCCCUACGGCUGGAUUGAUGCUGCAUGCCUUGAAGCRUGAUUCUGGUUCAGUCAAAGUAGAAGAUUUGGUUGUUUAUCUGGCCAAAAUGAGAAGAACAGAUUGUUUGAAUAUUGUUGCUCGUUAUCUCAAAGGUGGAUGGAGAGAUAUUGAUCACAUUCUGGCCAAACACCCACAGCUGGGCUACACAAAAACCUAUAGAGAGCAACGUUAAUGCAGAAAAURUAUAUCACUAAAGCAGCAGUAGUAAUAAAAGAGUAAAACUCUUUAAAAAACAUCCACCUUGAGUCCUUGCUGUCACGGCACUUGGAUUAAAACAGUGAAAACAUUCAGUAAAAGCUGUGUUUAGUCAACUCCAAUAACAGGAUAAUUGUUUUAAUUUUUAUAUCUACACAGGAAAAACAUUCARUUAAGGUAUUUUAGUAUUUUUAUCCAUUUAAACAAAAAUUCAGUUUUCAAGUUAAGUAAAAUUUGUUUUUACUUUUAGUAGAUAAUUUAUUAUUACUGGGUUUUAGAUAUAAUAAAUGACCCAAGAAAUAGAAAUAGGUUUUUUUAGUUUUUAGUAAAAUAAGAGUGCUUGCAGCAAACGGAAAAGAGCUUGUUACAGGAAAGCUCAUCAUUAACWACUAACAAUCAAGAAACACAUACAAAGUACAAAGCUGUACAGCAUACUCUACUCACGUCUUGUUUAAUUCAGUAUCAUUGAUCAGUUAGAAGCCAACUUUAGCCAGAUCUAUAAUGAAUAAGUGCCUCAGUGGCAACGCAUGCCUAUGAUGGCAUUUAAUGGAUAAAAUUGCUGCCAUAGAGCCACUGCAAAGAAAAUGUAAUAUUAAUGUUUUGUGAGUCAUGAGGUCCAGCUAUAGUGGUCCAUUCUAGCCUUUGUACUGUCAUUCAAGCAACACUGACUGACAUUUCAAAAUUUCAAAAUCUUUUUUUUUAAUUCUCUUGAUUCAUGAGUACACUGAUCAUAAAAUAGAGAAGCUCUGGCUUUUUUAUCUGUUGUGGAAUUAUUAAUUUCGCCUUUUCAUCUCUAAAAAUACUGUAUGUGACCAGCCAUUACUAAUAUUAAGAAAUAUUAAGGCUCACAUUGAUGUUUAUUACUUUUGUGCUUUAAGCAGCUUCUAUCAACCAAAUCCAAAUGUGGUAACCAAUUAGAUUAACUAUUUUUCUGGACUAACUAGCCAUGUGUUCACGUGGAAACAUAAAAGUGCUUUCAACAUGCAUAUGUAAGAGAUUAGAGGUUAGUCCAGAACAAUAGUUAUUCAAAUUGAUAACCAUAUUUCAAUUUGGCAUAGAUUGAUCUGCUGCUACAUCUCAGCCUGUGAAAAUAAGAGGGUCGUUAACAAAGGGACAGGGAUCCCAUAGUACUUAGUUGUUUAACUCAUGGAUUCUACACUAUAAAUUCUGUUGUAGUAGUUAGGAUGUUGUUAUAUGCAUGAAAAAAUAAUGCAUGUUGCUUUAGUUACCCUGCCAGCAGAGGUCCUUUUCUACAUCUGCUGAGAAGCAAGAGGGAUCAUUGAUUUAACAUCUAAAUGACGUAGACAUGACAUUUGCAUAAAUCCAGCUCUGCAUGCUCAACAUGAUAAUUUGCAGGUGCCGACAGGUUUUUUCCUCUCUCUUCCUAGUGGGGUAGAAAAGCAUCUCUGCUUACAGGGAAUUUAGUAACAAAACUUUACUUUAGCUUUUCAAAAAUUGUGAAGAAUUCAAAUUUCCUUGCUAACUGGAAGUUCCAUUAUCAAGUCAAUAAUAAUCAUAUUCGUCACUACCCAUAAUACUAUCACUGAUUGGAAAGAUGAUUGAUAAAUAAAGGCAAUAAAUAAAAGUGUCAUCCAUUGUAUUAAAAGUGAGCUGUCGAUUGUGCCCUAUCUUUAAGGUAGAAAGUAAUUUCUACUGUGUAGUGUAUAAUUAAUGAUAAUAAAGAGGAGAAUAGAGUAA